UCGGGGAGAGAGGACGAUGAAUGAAAGUAAUCAUCACCAGCGAGCAGGUGUAGGUAGGGGUUGCUGUGGAGUUGGAGCAAAGCAAGUGAAAGAGAAUAAUGAAACUUGUGAACCAGCCUUACUUUCGGACAAGCCAUGCCAAAUGGAGUCCCAGACACAGAUUCAACAACAGUUACACUAUGGUCUGAGCAACCUGGAAAAUUUUGAUGAGAGGCCGGCUCCUUCAUUGACUCUGGUGACCAGUAUGAAGACCCAGUUACAUAUGGCAUUGGAAAGGAACUCUUGGCUGCAGAAGAGAAUUGAAGAUCUGGAAGAAGAACGAGAUUUCUUGCGCUGCCAGCUAGACAAAUUCAUCUCUUCAGCCCGCCUGGAUGCUGAUGAUCACUGCUGCAAAAAAAAAAUGCCCCGGAGAGCCGAAAUAUUGGAGAGCCGAAAUGGAGAUGUGACAGAUGAUGACAGCAUGGCCUCCUGGAUGACCACUAGUCCUGAAGAAGGAGGUUCUGUGGAACACAAGAAGCUCAUAGCAGGGUUGAACCGCCGAGGCUUUGCCAAGCCUAAAAUCCGGGAGAGGCAGAGAGUCAAGGAUGUGGAUGGAGUCCUCUGCCGGUAUAAAAAGAUCCUGUACACUUUUCAGAAGAUGCAAAGCAUGAGUCGGGCCUUUGAACAUCAUCGGGUGGACCGUAACACUGUGGCGUUGACCACCCCCAUAGCAGAGCUCCUUAUUGUUGCUCCUGAAAAAUUGGCUGAAGUGGGUGAGUUUGACCCAUCUAAGGAGCGUCUGCUUGAAUAUUCCCGACGAUGUUUCAUGGCACUAGAUGACGAGACACUCAAGAAAGUCCAGGCCCUCAAGAAAAGCAAGCUUCUACUGCCCAUCACUUACCGCUUCAAGACGAAAACAGACUCUCCUGCGUCAGCUGCUGGCAACUCCGUCCCCUCUCCUGCUACGCCACCCAAGCAUCUUCUGCCAGUUGCUGAAUGCUACAAGCGAUGAAUCCUCUCCUGGUGCUACUGCUAGAACCUAUUUUGCCAGUCCUUUGAGCUCUUUCUCUGUACCUUCUGCCCUCUCCAAUCCCAUCCAUUACUCACCAAACUCAGUGUUUCAUGGAGUUUUCUACCAUGAUGCACAACCACCUCCCACAUUUUCCUAGGUUUAAAUACUGAAUGAACCCACCUUUUCACAGUGUAUCUUUACAAAAAGGGUCUGGGAGUAGUUUCCUAUGAUUAUUACUUGACUAUAGAUCUGCCUAUCUAUGCUUCCCUCUUUAAAGGCUUCCCCACAGCUACAGGAUUGCUUUCAUUCUCCCCCCUUCCACCUGAGAGUUUGGCCAGAGGAGAAACAAUGGCAAAGGUGGAGUUGACAUACAUAUGACCCAUCCCACAAUAAAUAACAUCAUGGAUAAACUAGUUGUAAUUGCACAGGUUAACUUGAAACACCUAGCCUUGUUGGUUUAUUAACAGAUGGUAAUUAUAGCCUUGCACAUAAAAUAUAAAGCCAAACAGUUUUAAAAUAAACUGUCAUUUGGGGUACAUCAAACAAAUGAUAUAAGAUGGUAAAGUUUGCAAAAAUAUCUCUUUCAGCAGCAGUAUGUUGCCAACUUUGCUGGUUAGGCUGAUUUGGUGUUAAGGAUAACCAUCCAAUAGUUAAUAGUAGGUCAGAUGACAGUAACCUAAGGGAGAGGAGUUGCUUCAGUUAGAGCCAAAUCACUGUAACCAACAGAAAUUAUCAAUUUCUAAACUGAAAGAGGGAAGAUAAGCAUGAUGCACUUCUAUAGUUUUACCUCUCCUUGCUUGAAAAUAUUUUCGGUGUUUUCUGAGCUGUUAGCAGGUGCUAUUGUUAGUGUAUCAAUCCCCCUUUUUGCUGCUGUUGUGGUUAUCUUUAAUCCAUUUUGGCUGCUGUUGUGGUUAUCUUUGUUCCAUUUUCUCUACAGUGUUACUAUGAUUGGAAGAAUUGCCGAAUUGAGCUGUCUCUGCUUUCCCAUUUUCUCCAAAAGAUAUUCUCACAUCCUGAGCCCCUACCACCUUUUUUACCUCAUAGUUUUGGAAGGUAUUGCUUAAACCCUUUCCCUAGCUAUUGUCCUGCUCCAAACCCUCAAUUGGAUUUUUCUGCUAGCAAUUUUAUACUCCCGCCGCCCCAAUGUUAGUGAGGAAGUGUGCUUGAAUGCAAGGACUUGAAUUAUAUGUUGCAUUCCUUGAGGGUGCUUUAUUUUUAUUCAGUGUAAUUAGAAAAUUAUUCCCACUGUGCCUGUAAUUUCUUUCUCUCCAAUGCCUUUUCUGUAUUAAAAAAGAAAUUUAAAAGAAAAUAUGGUA